UUCUUCCUUCAGCAAGACUGAAAAGCCUUUAUAUUCUACACACUCAUCUUGUGAUCCCAAAGAAAGUGAUUUAGAGGUUGUUUUGAAAAUCCGAGAGCUUUUACAGUGAGUCCACUCCAUCAAAUCUUUAAGGAGGUCCUUGGAGUUUCAAGGGUUCUGGUUCAUGUAGAUGAGGUUUGUUUGUGGAGGAUUUUGACUUUGGAAGAUUCUAGAGGUUCUAUGGUUGUUGCAGUAGGCAGGCAAACAAGUCGUUUCAGAGGUUGCAGCAGAUUCUAGUGCAAAGAAUGUUCAUCAAGGGUAUCCAACUGAAAAUCUAGCACGUUUCCUAAAAGCAAGGGAGUGGAAUGUUCCCAAAGCCCACAAAAUGUUGUUGGACAGUUUAAACUGGAGGGUACAGAAUGAGAUUGACAACAUCUUAGCAAAACCCAUAGGCCCUACUGAGCUGUACAGAGCAGUGCGUGAUUCACAGCUUAUAGGACUGUCAGGUUACUCAAAAGAGGGACUGCCUGUCUUUGCAAUUGGUGUUGGGCUCAGCACGUUUGACAAAGCAUCUGUACACUACUAUGUGCAGUCACACAUUCAAAUCAAUGAAUAUCGGGACCGUGUAAUUUUGCCUUCUGCAUCUAAAAAAUAUGGGCGGCCUAUUACCACUUGUGUAAAAGUUUUGGACAUGACUGGCCUAAAGCUUUCAGCACUGAGUCAGAUUAAGUUAUUGACAAUUAUAUCGACUAUUGAUGACUUGAACUACCCAGAGAAGACAAAUACAUAUUACAUUGUAAAUGUUCCGUAUAUAUUUACAGCAUGUUGGAAGGUUGUCAAGCCACUUUUGCAAGAAAGGACAAGGAAAAAAGUUCAGGUCUUGCCAGGUUGUGGACGAGAUGAGCUCUUGAAGAUAAUGGAUUAUGCUUCUCUCCCACAUUUCUGUAGAAAUGAAGGCUCUGGAUCAUCUCGGCAUUCAGAGAAUGGAUAUGAAAAUUGCUAUUCCUUGGACCAUCACUUCCAUCAACAGCUCUACAACUACAUAAAGCAGCAAGCUUCAAAACGUGAACCUGUUGCGCCCAUAAAACAUGGUUCCUUUCACGUGGAUCUGCCUGAACCUGUUGCAGAAGGAACGGAGAUUGCUAAAACCAUAGAAUCUGAGUUACACAAGUUUGGGAAUGGGAACGGGAUAUCUGGCUCGCUAAAUGGGCUCAAGAUUAACAAUGAUUGAAAUUAUGUAGCUCAAUUUCUUUCAUCAUUUGCAGUGAUACACGUGAAAAGCCUUGAUGAAUGCCCAUUCACGUUUUUGGAGCUGUGGUAGAAGGCAUAUGGUCUUCCUGAUCCACCAUUCUAGUUAUACCAUAUAAAUGUAAUAAUAGUGGCUUAUGUUAUCCGAAAAUGAAUUCCAAUGGGAAAAUCUAUAUGGUGUAUGUAACUUGACAUAUUGGCUGGAUAAUCAGUUUAUAAGAUACCCUCAGCCUGACAAUUCUCUAGAGAAUUGCAUUUGUAGUUUGCACAGAUUUAAGUCUAAUAUUACUAGGGCAGAAGAAUCUGUUUCAGAAAUUAGCAGUUUGUAGCUUUGACUGUUAACUAUUGGUUUGAUUUA